CAACCUGAAUCAAGAAUCAAGAUGGCUGUCAGAUUUGAAAUGAAGCUGAAUGUCUCAAAAAUCCAAAAAGAGCAGAUAACUAAAUUUAUAGAAGAUCAAGACUGGAAAGAUGUUAUAGCAGAAGUAAAAGAUGUUCCUUUGAAAAGAAAAAGAAAACACAAAACAGCAAGAUGUUCUUACCAACAAAUGUGUGUAAAUAGUACCACAAUUGCAGGUGAAAUGCAACAAGAAAUAUCAGCAUCAAGUGGAGGAGCAGAUGAACCCCAAGGAACUGUCGAAAACCAGGGAAAGUGUCCCUUUUGUUUAGUGGGUCCGUGUGUUGUUAUAUCAAAUAGCUCUGCACCAUGGAUUGGUCAAGGACAGUUACCUUCACCAGAAAAUUCAGGAAUAAGAAAGGAAAUUUACAAACGUUUUUGGAAAAUAAUGGACAAUUUAGGGGUAUGGUAUACUGAGGAGUACUUGGACAGAAAGACAAAUAUAGGAGGCGGUGAAUGGGUAGUUUAUCAACGACGUGAAAUUAUGCCAAAAUGUGUCUUGGAUUUAGCAAGAUCCAAAUACCCUAAUCCUAAAGACAUCCCAUAUAUUGGACAUUAGUGGGAAUGAUGUAACAAAAACAAAUCAUUAUGUGUGAAUAUUCAGUGCAUAUGUAUUUUGAUAAUAAAAAUUCCUUCCUCUAAAACUAAGGUCAUUGUCUUUUCUCAGUGAACUGUUAUCAGAUGUGAAACCAAAACCUCAACUGUUUGGCAAUAAAUCUGUCACAAGCUGAUAAAAUACUGUAGCUGUAACAGAUCAUACAGAUUCAGUCCGGACUGAAGAUUUUCGGGG